AUGCGGUCGGAAAUUUUGUUUGGAUUAAUCGCUUCUGUCAUGACACAGCAUAGCUUUGGGCAGAAUUUCUCAGAAAUUUGCGACAGUAUCGACAAUGGACAGUUUGUUGCUGAUCCAAACGACUGCAGCCAUUUUUAUCAAUGCAUCGACGGAGCUGGAACGUCCGGAAGUUGUCCUCCAGGAAUGCUUUUUGAUCCUUCAGAACAGUUUUGCAACUUUGAAGUCAAUGUAAUCUGCAAAUCUGAUACAGAAUUUACGGAGACAACAAUUUUAUCGAGUACAACUUCAUUAGAAGUAUCAACAGUUACGACGAUUCCUUCGUCACCCAUUUUCAAUGCCGAAUCAACGACGGUUUCUUCAAGCGGACAAGCCGAGAAGUAUUGUAGAUCGAGUGAUCCAAACAUACCCAGUUUUGCUCCAAGCAGCACAAGUUGCGAGCAGUAUUACAUCUGCGUAAAUCAAAAGCCAUUCCAGCUAAGCUGUGCCAAAGGAAGACACUGGAAUCAACGGAAACAGUACUGCGAUAAUCCAAAAGAAGUCAACUGCCAGGUACGGCUUGUAUCCGAUAAUUGGUUACUAUCAUGA